ACAUGCGUGUCAAGUAUCGCCACAUGUGUCAAACAAGUCAGUGUGUGAAGGUUAUAAUUGUGCAUCAUCUGCAAAAACUAAUUUCCUCACAGAAAUUUAACAAAAAUGUUGAUUUACACUAACGAAAAUAACCCUGCGGUGUUAAAAUUAUUAAUAGCCGCCAAUUUCUCCGGGAAGAAUGUGAAUAUAAAGGUUGUUAACGCUAAUGAUCGAGCUAUUCAAGAGCCGAAACAUUUACCCUAUUUGGAGGUAAAUGAAGAUUCGAUCAUCUUUGUACCAAAUGCCGCCGUUUGGCUCCUUAUGCCACCUUCACAGGAAGUUGCAACAGUUGCAAGCGAAUGGUUGGAAUGGGAGUCGACAAUUUUAGCACCUAAUUUAGCACACGUUUUUGGAGCUGGCUCCAAGAACGAUAAACUUAAGUCUAGUCUCAUUUCUUCAUUAGACAAAUUAAAUAAGACCUUAGGGAGUAGUGCUUAUCUAACUGAAAAUAAGCUGAACGCAAGUGACGUUGUGGUUUGGUCUACUUUAUAUCCGCUUUUUAUUGAUAACGCGCUAUCAAAGGAAUUUUUGAGUGGACAUUCCAAUGUAGUCAACUGGAUUCAAAAUAUUGAACAAAAUAAACAAAUAAAGGACGCUUUAAGUACUUUUAAGAUAUCUUCAGGGGGUGUGGCUUACCAGGCAUUACUUAAUGGAGCUAAAUACUCUCUAGUGACGCCCCCUGCACCUGAAAAUGUUAGUAAUCAGUCUCCACAACACCAGCCUGAAGUUGUCACCAGUGAAGAGUUAGAAGCCGCUAAAAAGGCUUGGUUUAAAGGAGGCGAAAUUCCUAAAGUAAAAACUCGGCCAAAAGUAGUAUUACCUCUUAAUACUGAGAAAAACGUUUUAAUCACAUCUGCGCUACCAUAUGUUAAUAACGUCCCUCACUUAGGAAACAUUAUUGGUUGCGUUCUAUCCGCUGACGUUUUCGCCAGAUUUUGUCGUGUUUGUAAUCACAACACUCUUUUUAUUGCCGGUACCGAUGAAUAUGGAACAGCCACUGAAACUAAAGCUUUGGAAGAAGGAUUAUCGUGUCAGGCUAUUUGCGACAAAUAUUACACAAUACACAAAGAUAUUUAUGACUGGUUUAAUAUCAGUUUUGAUUACUUUGGUCGCUCUUCAACCCCACAACAAACUGAACUCUGCCAAGAUUUAUUUUUACAACUGAACAGCAAUGGUUUCAUGUUUAUUGAACCUGUUGAACAGUUACAUUGUGAAAAGUGCAAUCGCUAUCUAGCUGAUAGAUUCGUCGAAGGAGGAUGUCCUCACAUUGGCUGUAACUAUGAAGAUGCCCGUGGUGACCAAUGUGACGGUUGCGGCAAACUAGUAAACGCUGUUGAACUCAAAAACCCUCGGUGUAAAAUUUGUAGCAGUACACCAAAAUUGAAAACUUCAAAACAGUUUUUUAUUGAUUUGCCAAAGUUGGAACCAUUGUUACAUCAUUGGAUGAAAAAGUCGGCUCCUGGUUGGUCAAAUAAUGCCCAAGUUAUUGCAAAAACGUGGUUGAAGGAAGGUUUAAAACCUCGUUGUAUCACUAGGGACUUAAAAUGGGGCGUUCCCGUACCUCUUAACGAUUUUAAAGAUAAAGUAUUUUAUGUGUGGUUUGAUGCACCAAUUGGGUAUAUGUCGAUAAGUAAGGCGUAUACUGAGAAUUGGGAACAGUGGUGGAGACCAAAGCCUGACUAUAAAAUAACGUUGUACCAAUUUAUGGCUAAAGAUAAUGUACCUUUCCAUUCUGUAAUGUUCCCGGCUUGUCUUUUGGGGGCGAAUAGGGGAUAUACUACAGUGUCGCAUAUAAUGGCAACAGAAUACUUGAAUUACGAAGAUGGCAAAUUUUCGAAAUCUCGUGGCGUGGGCGUUUUCGGAAACGAUGCUCGAGACACCGGAAUACCAAGUGACGUUUGGCGUUUCUACUUACUUUAUGUGAGACCUGAAUCUCAAGACUCGAGCUUCAGCUGGGUCGAUCUCGCCACAAAGAACAACUCAGAGCUAUUAAAUAAUCUGGGUAAUUUCAUAAAUAGAGCUUUAGUUUUCGCUAAAAAUAACUUCAACAAAACCGUGCCUGAAAUUAAACCCAACGACGACGAUUUCACAUUCCUAGCUUUAUGUACCCGAGAAUUAAAAGGUUACAUAAGCUGUCUUGAGAAAGCGAAAUUAAGGGACGGUAUUAGGCACAUCCUGUCGAUUUCUCGCCAUGGAAAUCAGUAUAUGCAAUCGAAUCAGCCGUGGGUACUUCUCAAAGGAAGCCCCGAAGACAAGAUUCGUGCAGGAACCGUUGUAGGGCUUUGUUGCAAUAUUGCUUGUUUGUUGGCAACAUUGCUUCACCCGUAUUUACCUGACACCAGCGACGUACUUAAGAAGCAGCUAAAUAUUGCCAACAUAGCUCUCACACCAGAAAACAUUGAAAUAGCACAGUUACUACCAACUGGUCACCAGCUGGGAGAACCAGCACCAUUAUUCGCCAAAUUAGAGCCUGCAAGAGUCGAAGAAUUGAAAAAGAAAUUUGCAGGGAAGCGGGGUGACAGCCCUCUUAAAGAAAACGGGAUUAAAAGCGACCUUAAUGUUUUACAGGCGGAAAUAGUUAAACAGGAAAAUAAAAUAAAAAAAUUAAAAUCCAGUGGUGCCGAAAAAAAAGUAUUACAAGCAGAGGAGAUGCUUUUAGCUAAUUUAAAAAAAGAAGUACAAGCGGGGCAGAAACCUUCUGGUGACAGUAAAAAUAACGCUGAUCCGGUGGAAGUUAAGAAAUUGGAAGAAGAAGUGACCAAACAAGGGUCGCUUGUGCGCAAGUUAAAAGAAGGGGGUGCUAAUAAGACGGAGUGGCAACCGGAAGUGUCUAAAUUACUCGAAUUAAAAACAAAAUUGGCGAGUUUGUUAGGAAAUCCUAUUGCAGAUGGUCAAAAGGGAAAGAAAAAAAAGUAAUUAUUUCAUUUGAGUUUCAGUUUUACUUCCAGUGAAUAAGGUAGUUUUUGUAAAGUUGUACAUCUAAAUUAUUUAUUUCGGUAUUUGGUGCGUACCUAUUAGAAUUAUUUAUUUCGGUAGGUAGUAAUUUAAAAGCGAAUGUUUUGUGGUUGUGGUAACGACAAGAAAUUUUUAUUUAUUUGAUAUUUAUGUAUGACUGGAAAUACACGUACUCCAGGAAAAA